AUUUCGUCACUGAUCUCCGUCCGCCAUUUUAAUCAACGCGGCACUUUAUUUGUGUUGGAGUCUAUGACCUUUUAAAACCGCUGUAAUAUAUUCUACUUUAUAGCUAGCGUCGGAUCAAACCACACAUACUCCAAAAUGCAGGCCGAAGAACAAGGCGACUUCAGCACUGACGAGUUUCCAGAAGGCUCCAAAAUAAACGCGAGUAAAAACCAGGAGGAUGACGGCAGGAAAAUGUUCAUCGGUGGACUAAGUUGGGACACCAGCAAGAAAGACCUUACUGACUACCUGUCCAAAUUUGGAGAGGUCCUGGACUGCACCAUCAAAACAGACCCCAUGACCGGGCGCUCCAGGGGCUUCGGGUUCGUGCUCUUCAGAGAUGCUGACAGUGUAGAUAAGGUGUUAGAGCUGAAGGAGCACAAGCUGGAUGGCAAAUUGAUUGAUCCCAAGAGAGCCAAAGCCAUUAAGGGCAAGGAACCCCCCAAGAAGGUUUUUGUCGGAGGUCUAAGUCCAGACACAACUGAGGAACUGAUCCGGGAAUACUUCGGGGCUUAUGGGGACAUUGAAAGCAUUGAGCUUCCCAUGGACACCAAAACAAAUGAGAGGAGGGGAUUCUGCUUUGUGACGUACGUUUUAGAGGAUCCGGUUCAGAAACUGCUGGAGAACAGAUACCAUCAAAUUGGAUCAGGGAAGUGUGAAGUGAAGGUUGCCCAGCCUAAAGAAGUGUACAGACAGCAGCAGAACCGAGCGGACCGGGGCUUUGGUGGAGGACGGGGAGGAGGAGGAGGACGCGGAGGUGGCCGAGGAAGAGGACAGGGCCAAGGCUAUAAUCAAGGAUACAACAGCUACUAUGGCCAGAACUAUGGAGGCUACGGCAAUGGAUACAACCAGGGCUAUAAUGGCUAUUCUGGCUAUGACUAUUCAGGAUACAACUAUCCAAAUUAUGGCUAUGGACAAGGCUAUGAUGAGUACAAUGGUCAAACGAGCAGUUACGGCAAGGCCUCGCGGGAGGGCGGAAACCAUCAGAACAGCUACCAGCCGUAUUGAUGAAGUGGCUAAACGCAUUCAUAUCAAUGGUAAGGUCACACAUCUUCGCCACGCUCUGGACCCGACCUGUAUGUUAAAGAUCAAUAGACAAUAACUAACAGCCUAAAGGCGGCCUAUGCAUACCAAUGCAGCUGAGUUAAAUACAUGUCUAUAGAUCUUUAAUCGCUAAUGUUUGUGUAGCCAUUUUGCCUUUUUAGCGUGCCAGAAAAACGUAAGAGUUUUUCUGUAGGUUUUCCUUUUCCUCCUCCUGCUUUAACAGGUGUUCAUAAAGGAAUAACAUAGAGACUUGAUAGCAAUGCUAACAGGUAAAGUACAGCUAAAGGGGUACAGAGUAAAGGCGCCUCUCCUGAUUUUUCCUUUCUUUCCCUAAUUCUGAUUAUUGUACCUUGUUUGUACCUGCCAGCGGGGACUUCAUUGCAGGCCGUGUGUCACCUGACCACGACAUUCUCUGGGCGUCGCACAUAGCGGGCAGAGAGCACGGCAUGCACAAGAAAGCGCUGUCCUGUGGUAUGGUCUCUUCAAACUUCCUGUACCAGCGUAAAACAAACAAAAAGACAAAGGAGAUUCCCCCAUUUUCCUUAAGUUGUUGGUUUUCGUUAACAGUUCAAAGUGUGUUUUUUCCAGGACUUUAUUAACGUAACCUAAAAGUGAUUCAUAAUAACUGCUUUGAUGUAUUCUCUUUUUCAAUUGUAGUGCUCUUGUAUUUCAGUUGUGGAGCUUCAGUGAUUUUUAUUUUCUUUGGUUUCUUCCUUAAAACGGUCACCUCCCUUGUAAAUAAUUGCAUAAACUCUCUCAUAAUGCUUGCUUUUUCUUUAGAGGCCAUAGAGAACUUCAAAUGGGUUCACCAAGGCUUUUUCUUAAACGUAGCCUUUAAAGAUCAUAUGUAAUAUGGGUUUACGAAGCCAUUAAAAGCUGAUAAAUCUGUGUUAGACAGACUCACACAUUGGCUGAAUGCAAAUGACAUUGCGAUUUUCAGGUUAAGACGUUUGGGCUCGCUCCUCGAAUGGUCGACCGGCCUCUUGGAGCUGAAGCUUUUGCUGGCUUAUGAGCUGUUUUGUCGUUAUAAGACGUCGAACAUAUGAUCUUUAAUCUUUAAUGAUGAUUUUCCUAGUUUAAAAUCGACAGCUCAAGAAGUUAAACACUGAAACAUGGACGUGCUGUUUUUUUUGACGCGUCCAAAUCCGAGUGGUUCAUCUUGUGUAUCUUCUCUUGUAGGUCGGCAGGCUGACUUCGAUAUUGCUCCUCGGAGGCAGCUUGUGGAAUCCUGUCCGUAAACAACUAUUAAAUAUGUUAUCCGGUCCUCUGGGGACAAAUUCAGUGUCUGACCUUGUAAAUAGCGAGACGUUUUGUUUCCAAGUUUGUCUUAUUCUGUGCUUUGUUCAGAUCGAACCUGUAGGUUUUGUGCUGAUGUGUUCUUAAGUCUUGAUUAGGAAAAGUGUCCUUUAUUUUGUAUUUUAGUUCUUUUCCUGACGUUUUUUUGGAUAAAGGGAUUAAAAAAUGGGAAACAGUU